CGUGGAUGAUGCGAUACAAAUGCACUUCGUUAGGCCUUUAUAAUAGUGACGAAAUUGUAGUAAUACUAAACGACACUGCUUAAAAUGUCUUCCUGGCUAUUUGUCUAGUGCAAAUGUGUACAAUAUUGACUCAAUUAUUUCGUGCGACAGAUUUGAACAAUAUUUUAUAACUUAUACAUUUUGUAUGGAGUUAUAUAUGUGUCAUGGAUAUUUUUGGCUGGAGCUUUGUGUCAACAGAAAGUCGAAUUUGCCCUGUUGGCUCUUGGUAUGAAAGAGGCCAUGGGCGGAAAUCCAAGGGGGACGCGUCCCCCUUACCAAAAAGUUAGUGGAGACACACCCCCUAUUAUAUUUUGUUGGAAAUAAAUACGUCAUUUAAAAUCGAAAUAAAACAGGUAUUUUGUACGAGAUGACGUUACUUUGGGGCUGAUUACUCUUCUCCCUUUUUUUGCUUGCUUGCUUGUCAAAUGACCUUACUAUUUGUGUGAUUACCCCCUCUUUCUUUGCUUGACAAAUUUUCCAGCCUUUGGUCCCCCUUACCUUUGGGGGAGAUUUCCGCCCUUGAACUGUUGAAAGUGACAGCGUAGUGCCUGAUCAAAUAUUCAAACAUCGAUCACCACUAUAUUGUAUAUUUUCAAUGGCACUCUGGCACCGUCAUGCACUGUUGUGCACACUGUCUAUAUGAAGGAAUAAGCUUGCCAAAACCAAACGUCUGGAUAACUCAUACCAGUUGAUACAUAUCGGUAAAUAUUUCGUAGAGUUGAGUCAGUACAGUUUAACAUCCAGGGUUUUCUUCUUCAAAUGCUAUUUUUAAUGUCCUUUAAACGAAUUGAAACAGCAUAAAAUGGAUCGUAUUUUUCUUGCAGCGAGCUCUGGCAAGCUGGACAAUCUGAAAGCCAUCUUCGAAGGCAGAGCCGGCAUUGACACGAGAGAAAUCAGCAUACAUCUACCAAAUGAAGAAGGUCAAUUCCUUAUCCAUGUUGCUUCGCAGCGUGGCCAUACCGAUAUUGCAAAAUUCCUCGUUAAUCUAGGAGCUCAGUUGGACCAAGGAGACAGGUACGAGAAUACAGCUCUACACUAUGCUUCGUCGUGUGGUAAAUUGGAUGUGGUGCAGUAUCUCUUAAGCAAGGGCGCGGAUAUUGAAAAGUGUGAUAUGAAUCGCGUGAGGGCACUUCACUGCGCUGCAUCUAAAGGUCAUCUAGAUGUUGCUAUUUGCCUUAUCAGAGAAGGAGCUGAGAUUGAGGCUGUACAAAAGGACGGGAGGACGCCUCUUCACUACGCAUCUUGCUAUGGUCGCGGUGCUGUGGUUGGGUAUCUUAUCAGUAAGAGGGCACAACUAGAUGCAGUAGAUAAUCAUGGUCGGACUCCUCUCCUAGAGGCUUCGUCCAAUGGUCACGUGAACGCUGUUCAGUAUCUCACGACGAAAGGAGCAGAGUUGGAGAAAGUGGAUGACAAAGGAAGAACGGCAUUGCUCGAAGCAUCCAGCAAUGGUCACCUGAAAGUUGUCGAGUAUCUCCUUGGUAAAGGGGCGAAGCUGGAGAUAGAGGAUAAAGAUGGCCGAACACCUCUCUACUAUGCAUCACUCAAUGCCCACCUGGAUACUGUUCAGUGUCUCCUUGACAAGGGAGCAACGCUUGAGAAACCUAAAAGGGAUGGUUUAACCCCUCUUAUUAGGGCAACAUGCAGCGGUGAUCUUCCAGUGAUGAAGUACCUAGUAGAUAACGGAGCCAACCUUGAUGCAUUUAAUAUAAAAAACAUGUCACCACUGCAUUUUGCCUCAUCCAAAGGGUACCUUGACGUAGUUCAAUAUCUCGUUAGUAAAAGGUCACACUUAGACAAGGUGGACAAAGAUGGUUUGACGCCGCUACAUUAUGCAUCAGCCAAUGGCCAUACCGAAGUUACCAGGUUUCUUGUAGACACAGGAGCAGAGACCGAGAAAGGAAGCACGACUGGUGUGACACCUCUUCACUUUGCAGCUGCAAAAGGUCGUCUCGAUGUCGUUAGGUAUUUCAUUGGUGAAGGACUAGACCUUGAACGAGUGGAUGAUUCUGGUGAAACAGCUCUUCACAAAGCCGCAUCCAAUGGUCAUCUUGGUGUUGUCCGCUUACUCAUCUUAAAAGGAGCACAAAAGGAUGAAGGUGAUAAAGACGACAUUACACCUCUGCAGAAGGCAUCUUUCAAUGGCCACCUGGACGUUGUCGUACUUCUCGUCUGUCAACAAGCGCAACUUGACAAAGGUGACAGUAAAGGAAUAACUGCCCUUCACUGCGCAUCCGCCAGAGGUCAUCUGAAAGUUGUCCAGUAUCUCGUGAGCAAAGGAGCCAAAGUUGAAAAUGUUGACCAUGAUGAUGUCCCUAGCCCAUUACAUUGCGCUUCCAAGCUUGGUCGCCUGGAUAUUGUCAAGUUUUUCGAAAGUCAAGGUGCACUUCUUGAGAAGGGUGAAAGUACCUAG